AUGUCACAUUUCUCAACUAAGUCAAUUCAUGGUGGUGAUCAUUUAAAAAUUACACCCGAUGUUAUAACACCAAUUCAUAUUUCAACUACAUAUAGUUAUUCCAAUAAUCCAGAUGAAUUAAUACCUGGUUCAUUAACUGAUCCAAAUACAUUUGUAUAUUCAAGAGAAAACCAUCCAAACGCAGCACAAAUUGAAGCUAUUGUUGAAUCAAUAACGGGGUAUCCUUGUAUAGUUUAUAAUUCAGGAUUAUCUGCUUUUAAUGGUUUAAUUAAUUAUGUUAAUCCUAAAGUAUUGGCUAUUGGUCAAGCAUAUCAUGGAUGUCAUGGAAUUGCAGAUAUUUGGAAACGUAAUUUUGGCUUAAAAAAAAUAAGUAUUGAUGAUGAAUUUACUGAUUUAGGUAGUGGUGAUUUAGUUCAUUUAGAAACUCCUAUUAAUCCAUAUGGUACAUAUGCUGAUAUUUCCAAAUAUGCAGAAAAAGCUCAUUCAAAGGGAGCAAUAUUAUCAGUUGAUGCAACUUUUGCUCCCCCUCCUUUAUUGAACCCCUUUGAAUUUGGAGCUGAUAUAGUUUUGCAUUCAGCUACUAAAUUUUUUGGAGGUCAUUCUGAUUUAUUAGCUGGAUUACUUUUAGUUAAAAAUAACGAAAUCAAAAAAAAAUUAUUACUUGAUAGAUUAGUAUUAGGUACAAAUAUUGGCAAUUUAGAAAGUGCCUUAUUAGUUAGAAGUUUAAGAACUUUCGAAUUAAGAGUUGCAAGACAAUCUAAAACUGCUGAAAUUAUUGUAAAAUUUUUAAAUGAAAACAAGUCAAAAUUCCCAAAUUUAGAUAAAAUAUAUCAUGGAUCAUUACAAACUGAUGAAUUCAUUCAAAAACAAAUGCCAAAUGGUCAUACACCUGUUUUUGGAAUAGAAAUGAUUAAUGAACACACAGCAAAAUCAUUUCCUUCAAAAUUAAAAUUAUUUCAUCAUGCUACUAGUUUGGGUGGAGCUGAAAGUUUAAUUGAAUGGAGAGCAAUGAGUGAUAAUCAUAUAAGUAAGAAAUUCUUAAGAGUUUCUAUUGGAUUAGAAGAUCCAAAAGAUUUAUUGAUUGAUUUAAUUGGUGGAUUGGAAAAUAAUGAUGAUGAGAAAAACCUGUUGGUUGAAGAGAUUAAUAAAUUGAGUAUUUAA